CCCGGCCGCGCCGCGCCCCAUGCACUCGCAGCGCCGCGCAGCCCGCGCUUGCCCGGAUGGCUCGUAGCGCCCGGGCCACCGCGGCCAUCCCCCUGCAGCCGCGCUCGUGCUCGCGGGGCCCCGGGCUGUCGUUGCCGCCGCCGCCGCCGCCUCUACUACUGCUGCUUCUGCUGCUCGGGCCGGCGCGGGCCGGCGCCCUGGAGAUCCAGCGCCGCUUCCCGUCACCCACGCCCACCAACAACUUUGCCCUGGACGGCGCGGCGGGCACCGUGUACCUGGCGGCUGUGAACCGCCUAUAUCAGCUGUCGGGCGCCAACCUGAGCCUGGAGGCCGAGGCGGCCGUGGGCCCGGUGCCCGACAGCCCGCUGUGCCACGCCCCGCAACUCCCGCAGGCCUCGUGCGAGCACCCGCGGCGCCUCACCGACAACUACAACAAGAUCCUGCAGCUGGACCCCGGCCAGGGCCUGGUGGUCGUGUGCGGCUCCAUCUACCAGGGCUUCUGCCAGCUGCGGCGCCGGGGCAACAUCUCGGCUGUGGCAGUGCGCUUCCCGCCAGCCGCGCCGCCUGCAGAGCCAGUCACUGUGUUCCCCAGCAUGCUGAAUGUGGCCGCCAACCACCCCAACGCGUCCACCGUGGGGUUGGUGCUGCCGCCCGCCGCCGGCGCGCGGGGUAGCCGCCUGCUCGUGGGCGCCACGUACACUGGCUACGGCAGCGCCUUCUUCCCGCGCAACCGCAGCCUGGAGGACCACCGCUUCGAGAACACGCCUGAGAUCGCCAUCCGCUCUCUGGACGCGCGCGGAGACCUAGCCAAACUUUUCACCUUCGACCUCAAUCCCUCGGACGACAACAUCCUCAAGAUCAAGCAGGGCGCCAAGGAGCAGCACAAGCUGGGCUUCGUGCGCGCCUUCUUGCACCCCGAACCCCCGCGCGGCGCGCAGCCCUACGCGUACCUGGCGCUCAACAGCGAGGCGCGCGCGGGCGACAAGGACAGCCAGGCUCGCAGCCUGCUGGCGCGCAUCUGCCUGCCCCGCGGCGCGGGCGGCGACGCCAAGAAGCUCACCGAGUCCUACAUCCAGCUGGGCUUGCAAUGCGCGGGCGGCGCGGGCCGCGGCGACCUCUACAGUCGCCUGGUGUCCGUGUUCCCCACGCGUGACUUGCUCUUCGCCGUCUUUGAACGGCCCCAGGGCUCCCCAGCCGCCCGAGCUGCCCCGGCCGCGCUCUGCGCCUUCCGCUUCGCCGACGUGCAAGGAGCCAUCCGCGCGGCUCGCACCGCCUGCUUCGUGGAGCCAGCGCCCGAUGUGGUGGCGGUGCUAGACAGCGUGGUUCAGGGCACCGGGCCGGCCUGCGAGAGCAAACGCAACAUCCAGCUGCAGAUGGAGCAGCUGGAUUGUGGCGCAGCUCACCUGCAGCACCCACUGUCCAUCCUGCAGCCACUGAGGGCCUCACCCGUGUUCCGUGCCCCAGGGCUCACAGCUGUGGCCGUGGCCAAUGCCAACAACUACACUGCCGUCUUCCUGGGCACCUCGACGGGAAGACUCCUCAAGAUCAGCCUGAAUGAAAGCAUGCAGGUGGUAAGCAGGAGAGUACUGACAGUGGCCUAUGGGGAGCCUGUGCACCAUGUGAUGGAGUUUGACCCCACAGACCCUGGUUACCUGUAUCUGAUGACAUCCUACCAGAUGGCCCGUGUAAAGGUUGCGGCUUGUGAGGUACACCCCACCUGUGGGGACUGUGUAGGUGCAGCCGAUGCCUACUGUGGCUGGUGUGCUCUGGAGACACGGUGCACACUUCAGCAGGACUGUGCCAACUCUAGCCAGCCGCAUUUCUGGACAAGUGCCAGUGAGGGCCCUGGCCGCUGCCCUGCCAUGGCUGUGCUACCAGCUGAGAUUGACGUACAUCAGGACUACCCGGGCAUGAUCCUGCAGAUCUCAGGCAGCCUGCCCAGCCUCAGUGGCAUGGAGAUGACUUGUGACUAUGGGAAUGAUGUCCGUACAGUGGCCCGGGUGCCUGGCCCUGCCUAUGAUCACCAGAUCACCUACUGCAACCUCCUGCCCAGGGACCAGUUUCCACCCUUCCCUGUUGACCAGGACCAUGUGACGGUUGAGAUGUCUGUGAGGGUCAAAGGACACAACAUUGUCUCAGCCAAUUUCACCAUCUACAACUGUAGCCGCAUAGGACAAGUGUACCCACACACAGCCUGCACCAGCUGCCUGUCAGCACAGUGGCCCUGUUUCUGGUGUACACAGCAGCACGCCUGCAUCUCCAACCAGUCUCGGUGCGAGGCCUCACCGAACCCCAUGAAGCCUCAGGACUGCCCCCAGAUCCUGCCCUCGCCCCUGGCACCUGUGCCCACAGGAGGUUCGCAGGACAUCCUGGUGCCCCUAACCAGUGCCACUUUAUUCCAUGGUACCUCCCUUGAGUGCAGCUUUGGGCUGGAGGAGAGCUUCGAGGCUGUAUGGGUGAAUGAGUCCCUUGUACGCUGCAACCAAGUGGUGCUUCACACAGCUCAGAAGAGCCAGGUAUUUCAACUCAGCCUGCAGUUGAAGGGGCAGCGAGACCGAUUCCUGGACAGCCCUGACCCCAUGACAGUGGUGGUUUACAACUGUGCCAUGGGCAGUCCUGACUGUUCCCAAUGCCUCGGCCGUGAGGACCUGGGUCAUCUCUGUGCAUGGAUCGAUGGCUGCCGCCUUCGAGGGCCCCUGCAGCCACCACCUGGCACUUGCCCAGCCCCCGAGAUCCGUGCAAUUGAACCUCUGAGUGGCCCCUUGGAUGGCGGUACCCUGUUGACCAUUCGAGGCAGGAACCUGGGCCGCCGGCUGAGUGAUGUGGCUCAAGGCGUGUGGAUUGGCAGUGUGGCCUGUGAACCAUUGGCCAACAGAUACACAGUUUCAGAGGAGAUCGUGUGUGCCACGGGGCCAGCCCCAGGGGCCUUCUCAGAUGUGGUGACUGUGAAUGCCUCCAAGGAGGGCAAGUCACGGGAUCGCUUCUCCUAUGUGAUGCCUGUGGUCCAUUCCCUGGAGCCUCCCAUGGGACCCAAGGCAGGGGGCACCAGGAUCACCAUCCACGGCAGUGACCUCCAUGUGGGCUCCGAGCUCCAGGUCCUGGUGAAUGACACAGACCCCUGCACGGAACUUGUGCGCACAGCCAUGAGCAUCACCUGCACUGUGCCCGGGGGCACCUCGCCCUCCCUGGUGCCUGUGUGUGUGCGCUUUGAGCGCCAAAACUGUGUGCAUGGGAACCUCACCUUCCAGUACAUGCAGAAUCCGGUCAUCACAGCCAUCAGCCCUGGCCGGAGCCCCGUCAGUGGCGGCAGGACCAUCACAGUGGCCGGUGAGCGUUUCCACAUGGUGCAGAACGUGUCAAUGGCUGUGCACCACAUUGGCCGGGAGCCCACGCUCUGUAAGGUUCUCAACUCCACCCUCAUCACAUGCCCGUCACCCGGAGCCCUGAGCAAUGCCUCAGCACCUGUAGACUUCUUCAUCAACGGCAGGGCCUAUGCUGAUGAGGCAGUGGUGGCUGAGGAACUGCUGGACCCCUUGGAGGCUCAGCGGGGCAGCCGGUUCCGCCUGGACUACCUCCCCAACCCACAGUUCUCCACAGCCAAAAGGGAGAAGUGGAUCAAGCACCACCCAGGGGAGCCACUCACCCUGGUCAUCCAUAAGGAGCAGGACAGCCUGGGACUCGAGAGCCAUGAGUACCACAUCAAAAUUGGUCAGGUGGCUUGUGAUAUCCAGAUUGUCUCGGAUAGAGUCAUCCAUUGCUCCGUCAACGAAUCGCUGGGCAGGGCCGAGGGGCAGUUGCCCAUCACGAUCCAGGUGGGGAACUUCAACCAGACCAUUGCCACGCUGCAGCUGGGGGGCAGCGAGCCAGCCAUUGUGGUAUCUAUUGUCAUCUGCAGCGUCCUCUUGCUGCUCUCUGUGGUCGCCCUGUUCGUCUUCUGUACUAAGAGCCGCCGUGCUGAGCGCUACUGGCAGAAGACACUGCUGCAGAUGGAGGAGAUGGAGUCCCAGAUCCGAGAAGAGAUCCGCAAAGGUUUUGCAGAGCUGCAGACAGACAUGACGGAUCUCACCAAGGAGCUGAACCGCAGUCAAGGCAUUCCCUUCCUGGAGUAUAAACACUUUGUGACCCGCACCUUCUUCCCCAAGUGCUCGUCCCUCUAUGAAGAGCGGUAUGUGCUGCCCUCUCAAACCCUCAACUCCCAGGGUGGCUCCCCACCACAGGAGACCCACCCGUUGCUUGGAGAGUGGAAUAUCCCUGAGCACUGCCGGCCCAACAUGGAGGAGGGGAUCAGCCUGUUCUCAUCUCUGCUCAACAAUAAACACUUCCUCAUUGUCUUCGUCCAUGCACUGGAACAGCAGAAGGACUUUGCAGUGCGUGACAGGUGCAGCCUGGCAUCACUAUUGACCAUCGCGCUACACGGCAAGCUGGAAUACUACACAAGCAUCAUGAAGGAGCUGCUGGUGGACCUCAUCGAUGCCUCAGCUGCCAAGAACCCCAAGCUCAUGCUGCGGCGCACUGAGUCUGUGGUGGAAAAGAUGCUCACCAACUGGAUGUCCAUCUGCAUGUACGGCUGCCUGAGGGAGACAGUGGGUGAGCCCUUCUUCCUGUUGCUGUGUGCCAUCAAGCAGCAGAUCAACAAGGGCUCCAUUGACGCCAUCACGGGCAAGGCCCGCUACACACUCAAUGAGGAGUGGCUGCUGAGGGAGAACAUCGAGGCCAAGCCCCGGAACCUGAAUGUGAGCUUCCAGGGCUGUGGUAUGGAUUCACUGAGUGUAAGAGCCAUGGACACUGAUACGCUGACGCAGGUGAAGGAGAAGAUCCUGGAAGCUUUCUGCAAGAAUGUACCCUACUCGCAGUGGCCACGGGCAGAGGACGUGGACCUUGAGUGGUUUGCCUCAAGCACACAGAGCUUCGUCUUGCGGGACCUGGAUGACACCUCAGUGGUGGAGGAUGGUCGUAAGAAGCUCAACACAUUGGCUCACUACAAGAUUCCCGAGGGUGCCUCCCUGGCCAUGAGCCUCUCAGACAAGAAGGACAACACACUGGGCAGAGUGAAAGACUUGGACACUGAGAAGUAUUUCCAUUUGGUACUGCCUACUGAUGAGCUGGCGGAACCCAAGAAGUCCCACCGGCAGAGCCACCGCAAGAAGGUGUUACCAGAGAUCUACCUGACUCGCCUGCUGUCAACCAAGGGCACACUGCAGAAGUUUCUAGAUGACCUGUUUAAGGCCAUCCUGAGCAUCCGUGAGGAUAAGCCCCCACUGGCUGUCAAGUACUUCUUCGACUUCCUAGAGGAGCAGGCAGAAAAGAGAGGCAUCUCGGACUCCGACACCCUACACAUCUGGAAGACCAACAGUCUUCCCCUCCGCUUCUGGGUGAACAUAUUGAAAAACCCCCAGUUUGUCUUCGACAUCGAAAAGACAGACCACAUUGAUGCCUGCCUGUCAGUCAUCGCUCAGGCCUUCAUUGACGCCUGCUCCAUCUCAGACCUGCAGUUGGGCAAGGAUUCACCCACCAACAAGCUCCUGUAUGCAAAGGAGAUCCCCGAAUACCGGAAGAUAGUGCAGCGCUACUAUAAGCAGAUCCAGGACAUGACGCCACUCAGCGAGCAGGAGAUGAACGCACAUCUGGCUGAGGAGUCUCGGAAAUACCAGAAUGAGUUCAACACCAAUGUGGCCAUGACUGAGAUCUAUAAAUACGCCAAGAGGUAUCGCCCACAGAUCAUGGCUGCCCUAGAGGCCAACCCCACAGCCCGUAGGACUCAACUGCAGCACAAAUUUGAGCAGGUGGUGGCUCUGAUGGAGAACAAUAUUUACGAGUGCUACAGUGAGGCCUGAGGCACAGGAAGAGCAACAAGAGCUGCUGCUGUGGAGCCAACACAACACACAAGUCACCUGGGCCUCCACCCUGUUCUCUUCCAUGUGCCUCUUACUUGGGCUGGGAACUGACAGAACCCAGAUGGCUGGGUGGGCGGGAAGAUGCUGGUUUCUUAGAGCCAGGCUGUGGAGCCCUCAGCCUCAUCCCCCAGUCAGUCCCUGGUAAGGCUGCCCCUGCCAACUAGCACAGCCUGGACUGUGCUCACCUGCUCGGCCCUGCAUCAGGCCCCCCAGCAUACAUCAGGAGAAGAGGCCGCAGCACAGAAACACUACCUCAUCCACCUGGCGGAGGGGAGCCAGUGAUUGGUUUCUGCUUCAACCACCAAGCAGUUGUCCAUGUCCCUCACUUGGAGGGAGCCCUGGCCACCAACAGUUCCAAGCAGGGUCAGAUUUUUUUUUGCUCCAUCAGCCAUCGGCAGCAUGGGCAGUGCCCACUGCCCACAGGGAAGGGUGAAGGGAAGGGGACGGGUUGGGGGGUUCCUGGUCCCCUGGGAAGGGAGAGGCUGUAGCUGGGCUACUCAAUCUUUCUGGAAGUCUUUCUAAAGAUAGCACCAUUUUGUUUUUUUAAGAAAAGCUUUUAUAUAUUAAAAAAAAAAUUAUCACGCGCCAACUGUGAAUAGCUGCCGCUUGUGCAGAGGACCCAGGAAGGUCCCCAGGGGCUCCCGGUACAACACUGGAAAUGACUGUUCUAGGGAACGGGAGAAAACACCCGUCUGUCACCAUCAUAGGCUGCCCUCAGUGACUGAUGGACCUGGCAGCCCCUUACACCAUAGGGCCUCGCAGUGCUGGGACUGGCUUCGAGCCUGAGGGGGCUGGGCUGGAGGGGAAAGCUGGACUCUCUGGAACAUUCUUUAUAAUAAAAGCCUGCCGGGAAAACCUUC